AUUAGCGUAGGCCUAUCCCCUUCUCCAUCUAAUCUCUUCGUCGGCCAAAAUCCAGAGAACUGAAGGUGGUGCAAAAAUGUCGAGCACAAAUCUCCUCCAAUUCCCUCUCCUUCAAUUCCAAUGCCGGCCACCGUCUACUUUCCUUUUUCCGGCCAUCAAAUCGCAUGUCUCGGUCGUCUCAAUCCCGUUUCCGAGUUCUCAAUUCCUCCACAACCCUUCCCAUGGUCCGGUGAGCUUCGUUCCAAUGGCGAAAUCUCCAAAAAGCGAGAGUUCAGAGCAGAAAUUCAGUCAUGAAGGCUCGGUUAUCGAAUCUCUUCCCAACGGAAUGUUCAGAGUUCAAUUGGACAAUGAAGACCUAAUUCUUGGCUACAUCUCGGGUAAGAUUCGGAAGAAUUUCGUGCGUAUUUUGCCUGGUGAUAGGGUUAGGGUUGAAGUUAGCCGUUAUGAUUCUACUAAAGGCCGUAUUGUCUAUAGACAUCGAAGUACUAAGGAUCCAUCUUCAUGAAUUCUAGUUUUGGAUAGUUUUUUCCUUUUCUUUUCUGGAAUGUGCUGAUUUCGUGAAAUAGUGUAAAUUUAUCCCUCUUUUUGAUCUUCUUUAGAAUGUAAAAUGACAAACAUGUAUUUAAUUUUGCCCUUUGAAUCUCUAUGAUUUAUGUCUUGUCUUGUGAUUGUUUUGAACUGAAGAAACAGGAGAAUUUGG